UUUAUAUAUUAUAUUGCUUAUACUAUACACGAUAUAUAUCAAACAAGUAAAAUAUGAAAUCCUCAUAUCUCUCCUUUCAGAAGAAAUAGAAAAAAAGUUGUGCAGAUCACACUGAGACAUAUAUUGACAAUUAUUAUUAUUCUUUUGCAGAGAGACCUUUUUUUUUCCAUAUCUAUAAAUAACUUCUUUCGUUAAUUAUUUCUACACUAAGGAUAGGACCAAUCAAAGAUUAAUGCGAAUUGGUUAUCAGCUCCAAAGAUCCAUGUCAGGACAACAAGUACUCCGAUUAAACUGUCUAAUGUUACUACUCAUGGUGGUUUGUUGUACUCCUCCCGAAGACCCCAUCAAGUGUUCCACAGGCAACUCAAACUGCACCAUCACCAACUCCUACGGAGCCUUCCCUGACCGCAGUGUAUGCCGAGCAAGCGCCACGGCCUACCCUACCACGGAGGAAGAGCUCAUCUCGAUCAUAGCAAACGCUACGAAAGAUGGAUUGAAAAUGAAGGCCGCCACCCGGUUCUCACACAGCAUUCCCAAGCUGGUUUGUCCCGGGGGCGGCCGAGAAGAGGGGCUUCUUAUAAGCACUAAGAAUCUUAAUAAGGUGCUCAACAUCGACCAGGGAGCGAUGACUAUGACGGUUGAGAGUGGUGUGACGCUUAGAGACCUCAUAAGUGAGGCUGCAAAGGCCAAACUUGCUUUGCCUUACGCGCCCUAUUGGUGGGGCCUAACCAUUGGAGGCAUGAUGGGCACGGGCGCACAUGGAAGCACAUUGUGGGGCAAAGGAAGCUCGGUGCAUGACUAUGUCACGGGGCUUACCAUCGUCAGUCCAGGCAGUUCUGUCGAUGGAUUUGUCAAAGUCAGGAGGCUCAAGGAGGGUGAUGAAGAAUUGAACGCAGCCAAGGUUUCACUUGGUGUUCUUGGGGUCAUCUCUCAGGUGACAUUUAAACUUGAGCCUCUAUUUAAAAGAUCAAUUACGUAUAUAAAAAAGAACGACUCUGAUUUAGGAGACGAAGUGAUUAGUUUUGGGAGAAAACACGAGUUUGGUGAUAUAAUAUGGUACCCAAGUCAGGAAAAGGCAGUGUAUCGAGUGGAUGACAGAGUUUCUUCCAAUACUUCUGGCGAUGGUUUAUACGACUUCAUCCCAUUCCGCCCCACCUCUUCUCUAGCACUUGCACUUAUCAGAACCACAGAGGACAAUCAGGAAUCAUUGGAUGAUGCUAAUGGGAAAUGCACGGGUGCAAAGUUGGUCACUACCACUCUCUCCACUAGUGCUUAUGGUUUGACAAACAAUGGUGUUAUUUUUAAAGGGUACCCAGUGAUUGGAUAUCAUCACCGUCUUCAAGCAUCUGGAACAUGUUUAGACAGUAACAACGACGCAAAAAUCACAGCAUGCGCAUGGGAUCACAGAAUUAAGGGCGAAUUCUUUCACCAAACCACAUUCAGUGUAGCCUUGUCCUCAGUCAAGACCUUCAUUCAAGAUAUUCAAGCACUAGUCAAGUUGGAACCAAAGGCCUUGUGUGGUGUAGAACUCUACAAUGGGAUUCUCAUGCGCUAUGUCACCUCCUCAACUGCUUAUUUGGGUAAACAAGAGGACGCAGUAGACUUUGAUAUCACUUAUUAUCGAAGCAAAGAUCCAUUGGCUCCUAGACUUUAUGAAGACAUACUUGAAGAGAUUGAACAAAUUGCUGUGAUCAAGUACGGAGCCUUGCCCCAUUGGGGGAAGAAUAGGAAUGUAGCUUUUGAAGGAGCUUUGAAAAAGUAUAAGAAAAAUGGUGAGAAGUUUUUGAAUGUUAAAAAGAUUUAUGAUCCUUUGGGGUUGUUCUCAAGUGAGUGGAGUGACCAAGUUUUGGGAGUUAAGGGUGGGUUGAGUAUAGUGAAGGAGGGUUGUGCUUUGGAAGGGUUGUGUAGGUGUAGUGAGGAUGCUCAUUGUGCUCCUACCAAAGGCUACCUCUGCAGGCCUGGGAAAUUGUUUAAGGAAGCAAGAGUUUGUACUCGUUUGAAUUCCAAGAAACAUUAAUUAUUAUAAGUUUAUAAUUAUGUAAUAGUGUAAUAAUAAUUACAUGCAUGUGUGUGUGUCUUUGUACGUUUGAAAAUUACUAUUUACGAUUGUGCACUACUACAAUAUUAGCCUUUAGAGGCAGUUUUUUCAA